AUGGUCCGCGACGGCGACACGGCCAAAGCUGCUCAUGCAGUAUUCAUCCGUCUGGCACUCCCGCCAUAUACCGUACACUUCAAAUCGUCGACAUAUAUGAAAGAGAGCACGCUGGAACUAUUGGACAAAAACGUCUGCAAAGAGACUCUGAAGAGCACCGCUCAGAGAAUCGAUGUUCGCGAGGCGAUUGGCAAAGAUGAGCGAUACUGGGAGGAGUUGUGCACGCUGCUGAAAGCCGCCAUCCCGAGUCUCGAGCGCCGCUGCUUCAGCAUCUGGGACCCGAGCCAGGUCGACUAUGAGAGCACAAGCGGAGCAUUGAUCGCAUCGCACUACCCUGGACUAUGGAAAGACCUCGAGCGACUCAACGACCUCAUCUCCAUCAGCCGCAACGUGUUGACCGUGGGACCAGUGGUGCAGGAUCUGGCUGCGCAUCACUUUCUGGACGCCGAAGUCUUUCGUCUCAUCAACUGCUGCGUACGAGUGACGGCUCGAGGGUAUGAUGGAAGUGCGGGUGAUGAAGAGAAGUGGCAAUGGAUCGUCAAUGCAUACAAGAAGCUUCUCAUCACGAGUCUGCAGUUUCUCAACAAUCUGGUGGCGCAAAACGAAAGGCGAAAGCUCAUGCUAUGGAUGUCGCUCUUCGAUGGUGUGAAUGAGGCGGUGCUGGCCCCGGAAGAUGUCCCCGAAACUUCUGCCGCAAGCUUGACUGAUGUGCCCUCGAACCCAUCGUCGAAACCAAUGUCGCCGCCGCUAUACGACGAUAAACCGUUCUCCGAGUAUCCACUCCCACCGGAGGCAGUCGACGGUGCCGAAAGACUCAUCGGAAAUGGGUACGCAUUAUUUUUCAAACGCAUCUCCGAGUUCUGCAAACAAGACUACAACACAGUCCACAAACGCGAUCCGACACCCCUGGAGAUCCACUUGGAAAUGCCGCGGCGCUGGGCGGAGUGCGAUCAAGAGGACAAGGACUACUGGCAAUCUCUGUUCGACGAUGCCGUUGCAAAGUGGCGUCAAGAUCUGGCGGUUUACGAGGCGAAGAUGCUUGCAGCUACUGAGCAGCAGCCAGCUUUACGGUCCGAUGUGCCAGUUGCUCAGCAGACAAAGCAAGUGGAGAGGAAGAUUGCCAUGCUGGAGGAACAGCUCGCCGAGAAGUACAAGUCGGAAGGCAGGGAUGGCGACUUUCCUUCCUACGGCCGCGACGGCCACCUCACUUUUGACAGCGAUUCCCUGCAGUCCAAGUAUGUCGUUGCGGAUGAUAUGAGAAUGCUGUUCACUGCCGAGGCCGGAUCUAAAAUACUCGAGUCUGGCAAAGCGGAGCUCAUGAAGCGAUUGGAGGGCUACGAGCCUCCGCCACCACCUAAUCCAGAUCUUCCACCAAGCCGACGUGCAGAUGGCAUCACCACGAGGCCUGUUGACGAAGAAGAGGAGGAGGAGGAAGACUAUCCCGGCUCGACUGAAGACGGGCGAGGACUUCUGACCGACGUUCCUCUCAUUCUUGGUCCUUCAGAGAUUGAAGUCCUGCCUAUGCUCAUCAUGAGCGGCAUAGUACCGCCACCGAACAUCCCCAGUCACCUUUCUGUGGAGGAGAGGAACGCGCUCAUCAACAUGCACACGGUGCGCACGCAUCUACUACUAUCGCAAAGCAACGGGCGGAAUCUGCUCAGAGAACUGCUCAUAUUCGUUGCGGCGUGGGAUCUGCGAGAGGAAGAGCUGUACUUCAAAUUCAUGGUCAAGAUCAUGGAGGCCAUUCUCAAAAACGGCCUGAUGCCGUACGCCUACCAUGCAUUCCGCGAUAGAUCGAGGUCGAAAGAUAUCAUCAGCCCGGCACAAGCGGUCAUCAUGAAGCUCUUGACUUGCAUCUUCCGGGCGAGAGGCGAGGCCGCAAAAGCUGCAGUAGCUGUCGAAGGCAUGGGCCCUCCAAUGCUGCUUUCCAGCGUACCGACUCGCGUUGACUUGCACAUCCUCAACUUCAUCUUUACCGAGUUCCGGCAGCACAUCAUUCCGCAGACUUGUGCCCUUAUAUUCCUUCAAGGUCAGAUCCAUGCCGACAGGGCAAGUCCGGAGGACUUCCCGCUCAACCUCUGGGACAUGGAACGCAUGUACGAGGGCGUGUAUCAGUACUUGGAGUUUUUCGCAGUAUUGACGGAAGAGGGCGUGUGGAAGGGCAUUUUGGGAGAGUGGGAAAUGGCAAGCGAACUGGUCACUCUUCUGCGGGAGCUGGAAGGCGGUAUACCCAAGCUCGGAGCUGCGGUGCCUCCAAUGUCGCGACGUACGCCGAAUCAUCCUCCGCAACGAGCAAUGUCGGUGGACGCAGCCAUUCCUUCGCAAGCCCCUCAGCAAUUGCAGCAGCCUGCUACGGCUCCACUCACGGUUGAGAGACCACUCAACGUCAAUGCCGCUCAUCCGGAUGCGAAUCUCCCACCACUUCCGCAACACCCCCCUUCUGCCCAGCAACAACAGGCUUUCGAGAAUGAAGCUCCACUCAACUACCCUGAUGAUCCUCCUUCGGACUUCGAGUGGCGGAAUCUCAAGAAGCUCACAGUCCUCGUCCUCUCCUCCUUGAUCUGGAAGAAUCGCAUGGUACAGGACCAAGUACGGCGCUAUGGUGGUCUCGAAGCGCUUGUCGGCUGCUGUCGAAAUGACGAGCAUAACCCGUAUAUCCGCGAACACGCCAUCAUGUGCCUCCGCUUCGCUGUGGAAGGAUGCGACGAGAAUGCACGUGUGAUUCGCCGUAUGGCUGCACUGCAAAGUCAGAGACCUCUGCAGGGCGGCAAUGUGACGCUGGGCGCUGCUGAGGAUGUCCCAAGGGAAGUUCUCGACACGCAAGGGUACGAGACUUUCAUGGACAACAAAGGCCAGGUCGGGCUUCGUCGAAAGGACGGCGCACAGCACCAUCCGGCUCACCCAUCCGUGGGUGGACCAUCUUCCGGCAGCAACGGUGGUGCUGCGAACGCAGGAGUGCAGAAGCCGAGAUUGAGCUCGACGAAAUUGACGGCGGAGCGUGCGGCGGAGCUGAUGAGCAGUGCUUUGAGCAGUCUGCCCCUGGGCGACAAGCUGGUGACUGAUAAGCAGAAGGCGGAGGCCUUGGCUAAGCUCGAUCGUGCGUUCGAGAGUUCCGAGAAAGUUUUGGGACGGAAAAGCUGA